CCAUCUAUGUUGAAUGCUCCAGUAUGGAAUCUUUGGUUGUGUAAAACGGUAGGUGAGGCUGGUUCAUUAUCUGAUUCUUCUUCUAGAGGUGUAUUAUCAUCUUUAAGAAGGUUAUUGUCAAGAAAAAGUUCAGGAGUUAGUGUGUUGUUAGUAG